UCGAUCCUGUAAACGCAGCUCCCACCACUUCUACCCGUGUGUUUUACAUCAGUGUGGGCGUGUGCUGUGCUGUUAUAUUCCUGGUGGCAAUAAUACUAGCUGUCUUGCAUCUCCACAGCAUGAAGAGGAUCGAGUUGGAUGACAGCAUCAGUGACAGCAGCAGCUCCCAAGGUUUAUCCCAACCUUCCACGCAGACGACCCAGUACUUGCGAGCUGACACGCCAAACAACGCAACGCCAGUAACCAGCUCCUCAGGUUAUCCUACGUUACGGAUAGAGAAGAAUGAUCUUAAAAGUGUCACUCUAAUGGAAGCAAAAGCUAAAGUGAAGGACAUAGCCAUCUCCAGGGAGAGGAUAACUCUAAAAGAUGUGCUCCAAGAAGGCACCUUUGGGCGCAUUUUCCAUGGGAUUCUAAUAGAAGAAAAAGACCCCAGUAAAGAGAAACAAGUUUUUGUCAAAACUGUUAAAG